CACUCGAUGGUUUAAAAGGCACGCCAUCACCCUUUUUCUAAUCAGCAUUCGUCCAGCAGCGAAAAAAGAAACAGCAGUUCUAAAGAAGUCGACCUUUACAACAAACUUUUUACUUUGGAAGUAUCUCCAUUCAGACAAUCAUGAAGGCAGUUGCUAUCGUUCUAACAUGCCUCUUCGCGGCCGCAUUAGCUGCUCCCCAAUAUCAACGUGCACAGAUUUCAUCCGUUGACAACUACGAGCUUCAGGAGAUUCAAAAGCAAUGGGAACGCUUCCUUGAGUACCUUCCGUGGUUGAGAGGACCUGCUGGACCCCAAGGACCUCAAGGUCCAGCUGGAGCUCCUGGAGCAGCUAGCUAUGGUGAUGCUAAAUACGUCGCUGGACCUCCAGGCCAACCAGGCCCACAGGGUUAUGCUGGACCUAAAGGCGAAAAGGGAGACACUGGUGCCCCAGGAGCCAAUGGCGCUCCUGGAGCUGAAGGAAAACCUGGUGCUGAUGGUGCUCCAGGUGCUCAAGGAGAGCCCGGUGCACGAGGUGCUGAUGGAGCCCCAGGAGCCACUGGAGCCCCUGGCUACCCCGGAGCUAAGGGAGAAGCUGGAUUCAACGGAGCCCCAGGCCUUAACGGAGCCCCUGGAGCCCCUGGCAAAGACGGAUACAACGGAGCACCUGGACCUGCUGGACCUAAAGGAGAAGCUGGUGCACCUGGUGUCACUGUUCAAUCCAAGAUCCCUGGACCCGUUGGCGCACCUGGAUACCCCGGCAAAGAUGGAGCUCCUGGUGCACCCGGUGCAACUGGACCCGUUGGACCUGCUGGACCCCGUGGACCUCAAGGACCUGCUGGCAAAGAUGGUGCUCCUGGUUACCCUGGCGGACCUGGUCCUAAGGGCGAACCCGGCACUCCUGGCUACAACGGAGCCCCAGGCAAAGACGGACUGAACGGUGCCCCUGGUAGCAACGGCCCUGUCGGACCCCGAGGACCCGCUGGUCCUCCAGGUUACAACGGCGCUUCUGGAAAAGACGGUGUUAACGGCUUGCCCGGUGGCCCAGGAAAAGACGGACUUAAUGGCGCUCCAGGUGCCCCAGGCCCACAAGGAGAACAAGGUAAACCAGGUAAGGAUGGCUACCCCGGCGGCCCUGGUCCCGCAGGAGCCCCUGGAGGUCCUGGACCUCAAGGCUCUCAAGGCAAACAAGGACCUACUGGAUACCCUGGCGGCCCUGGCCCAGUAGGCCCAGUUGGCCCUGUUGGCCCUGCUGGACCAGAAGGUAAAACCGGCCCUGCUGGCUACCCUGGAGCAACUGGCCCCGUUGGUCCCGUUGGCCCAGUCGGCCCCGUCGGACCAGUUGGCAAAGCUGGCGAUAAUGGAGCUCCUGGACCUGUUGGACCCGUUGGUCGCCCUGGACCCCCCGGACCUGUUCCAUACAACAACGCCCCAGUCUACAAACAAGGCUACUAUUAAGUGGUUAAUGUUAGCUCAUCCAAGCUGAUAACGUGCCACCAAUUUUCCCAACCAGCUUUAAUGCCCUAGAACUGUUCGGCAUGUUCAUAUUAACGAAAGACUCAUCAACACAUUCACAGAUAUAUUUUUAUUUUUGUUUCUUGCAAAGUGCUUGUGUAAAUUGAACAAAGAUCAUUUUGCGAGCCUUUGAAAAUAUAAAGAACCCUAUAUCAUUCGCGAAAA